AUGGCCUUCUUGGGUCGUUGGCGCCUGUGGACAUCCUUUCUUUUGACACAAGCGCUGGAACUGCCACCGCGCUUCACCUUGGACUUGCGCAAGCCAGCGCACACACGUUGGGAUGGUGCAGUAGAUCUCAUUCUCUCCAAGCAUCCUUACGAAGAGUCCUUUUUGCCCGUCUUCCAAGAGCACAACAAGUCCCUCUUCGAUCAGCUCAAUGCAUCGCACUUUGAUGCCUUGGGGAAGGCAGUCUCUAGCCACUACCCCGAGACAGCCUUGGAGCUUCAGGGUAUCGCGCAGCAGUUUGCUGCCCGUGGAUUUCCAGUCACCUUCGAGUAUUUGUCGGCUUGGCUGUAUUUUCAUGAGUUGGCACACAGCGACGUGGUACAGAAGCUGGACGCAAGGGAGUGCACUGGUAUAGUGGCAGAAACCGCAGAUGGCUCCAUUAUGCAGCUUGCAAACAUGGAUCAAAGCCCACUUGCUGCGCGAAACCUGACCCUCCGGAUCAGUGUUGUCGACGACAAGGGAGAGCCUUUGUUCGAAGGCGUGGACUGGUACACACUUCUCUCCACCGGCGUGAGCCGGGCAGUGAAGCGAGGUGUGGCCUCGGUGCAAGAGAACUGGCGCAGCACGGAUCCGGUCCGAAAGCUGGAUGCGAUCAUGGCAGACAUCCAGCGUCUCGGGCGGUGA